CCACCAUCCCAUAAUAUAUCACCACACUUCCUGCCUCCUCCCAGAAAGCACACCACUCACUCUUCUCCCCUGGAGCUUCACUGUCCCCAGCAAUGCCCACCAUCCCCUCUUCUCCCCUCCUCCUGUCCUUCCAAGAUGUUUGCUGACUUCUCUGCUGCUGCCAUGGAGCUUGGUGAGGUGCUGGGCUUGCAGGGCCUCGCGGUUCCAUCCACCAAGGAGAGCGAUAUGAGCCUCAUCAAGAGAGCUGGUAGCUUCACCCAGGCUGCUGCUGCUGCUGCGUCCUACCCUUCCCCUUUUCUUGAUGAACAGAAGAUGCUCAGAUUCGCCAAGGCUGCUCACACGUUGCCCUCAGGUUUGGAUUUUGGAAGGGAAAAUGAGCAAAGAUUCCUGUUAUCUAGGACGAAGAGGCCGUUCACUCCCUCACAGUGGAUGGAGCUGGAGCACCAAGCUCUCAUCUACAAGUAUCUCAAUGCAAAGGCCCCUAUACCUUCCAGCCUGCUCAUUUCGAUAAGCAAAAGCUUCAGAUCAUCAGCUAACAGAAUGAGUUGGAGGCCUCUCUAUCAAGGCUUCCCAAAUGCAGACUCUGACCCAGAACCUGGAAGAUGCCGUCGAACAGAUGGCAAGAAAUGGCGAUGCUCAAAGGAGGCCAUGGCCGACCACAAGUAUUGUGAGAGGCACAUCAACAGAAACCGCCACCGUUCAAGAAAGCCUGUGGAAAACCAAAGUAGAAAGACUGUGAAAGAGACGCCGUGUGCUGGCUCAUUGCCAUCUUCUGUCGGGCAGGGCAGCUUCAAGAAGGCAAAAGUUAAUGAGAUGAAGCCAGGCAGUGUCAGCUAUUGGACAGAUAGUUUAAACAGGACAAUGGUGGGUAAAGAGAAAGGAAGCAAAGCUGCUGAAGAAAACAAUGCCCCACUGCUAAAUUUGACGAGCCAACAGCCCACAUUGUCCCUGCUCUCUCAGCUGAAGCAACAGAACAAAGGGGAGAAGUUCAGUCCAACAGUAGACAGUGAAUCAGUCUCUUCAAAUACCAUUUUGAAGCCUUGGGAAAGCAGCAACCAGCAGAGCAGUAAAAACAUUUCUUUCACCAAGAUGCAUGAUCGUGGAUGCCUUCAGUCAGUCCUUCAGAGUUUCAGCCUGCCUAAGGAUGAGAAGAUGGAGUUUCAGAAAAGCAAAGAUUCCAGCGCAAUGCCCAUUCCAACCUUCUAUUCCUCACCAGAAGGCCCACGUGUCAGCUGCCAUACAUCCAACAUGGCACAGAUGCAAGAGGAUAGCAUCUCAAGUUCUUGGGAGAUGCCUCAGGGUGGGCCUCUAGGAGAGAUCUUGACAAACUCCAAAAACAUAGACGACUUGGCCAUGAAACCUGAAGCAAGGCCAUAUGGUUGGUUACUGAAUCUUGAGGACCAUGCAAUGUAAAUCUUCAGCGAAAAUGAAGAUCAAGGUGUUCAGGAAGGUCUGUUAGGAACUCAACAUGGGAUAGCUUUAAUACUUUUGCCCACCCAUGCUUGUUUCUCUUCUUUCUGUUCUUAAGCUCCUGCAAUGUAACACCAGCUAAUUGCGAUUUUUAGUUUUCUUAUGAAUUCAGUUGUAUCAUUGAAAAAACAAUCUGCCUCUAAUCACAUUUAUUAGCUAGA